AUGUUCUGGAAGAAUCCGUCCGCUCUGACCCAAGUGCUGAUCGUGGCCAUGGUGUGCUUCACGUGUCCUGGUCUGUUCAAUACACUGACCAACAUUGCCGCCGGUGUGGCCGACGAAACCAUCAAUUAUAACGCGACGGCGUUGCUGUACGCUUGCUUUGCGCUGUUCGGUCUGUUUGCCGGCGGUGCUGUGAACGUGAUCGGGCCCAAGUACACGCUGUUCAUCGGCACGUUUGGUUACAUCAUGUACGCUGCGUCUUUGCUGGUGAUGGACAAGAAUUACGACACCGUGGCCAAGGUUUACAGCAGCGGCGCCACGGCGUUCUUCUAUGCGUCGAACGCGGUGAUCGGUAUCUCUGCGGGUUUCUUGUGGACGGCGCAAGGCCAGAUGUGCAUGGCGUACCCCACGUCCGAGACCAAGGGCACGUACUUUGCGUACUUUUGGGUCAUCUUGAGCUUGGGGUGGUCUCUCGGGGGCUUCUUGUCGUUCGUGACCAUCUACGACAAUAUGAGCGAGGCCGCCACAACGUCAACGUACGUGUUCUCGGACGACAUGUCCACGCUGGGUCGCUACGCCGGUUACUACAAGUGCGUGCAAUCCGGCAUGGCUGCUGUGGGCUGGCGUCUGGGCGGCAUCCCCAUCUCGCCCGUGUCCAACAUUAUUGUCAACUGGACGCUCUCCACCGUCGGUCUCGUGCUCGCCUUCAUCUCGGUUAAGACGUACAUGGAAGAAAAGACCCACGAGGAGGCCUACGAAGGCGCGGAAACCCCCAAGGACAAGGUCAUGAUUGCGCAUUAA